AUGACAAGAGAAGCAAAAGAGGAUAACUCCGAGAGAGAUUCAGAAGAGAAAGCAGGAGUAGCAGGGGAGAAAGCAAGAGAAGGUGCAGGGGAAGGGGGGGAAGCAAGAGGAGGAGAGGAGAGACGGAAAAGAGCAAGAGAAUCGCUCCCUUCAUCACCCAAUCUUACUCUCUUUGGUGGGGGCGUCACCUCCUGGUCACUGUCCUCCCGCUGCCUGAACCUUCGUGAGGUAGAGGCAGCAGGAAAAUCAGCACAGGAGGCACCAAGAGAAGCAAGAGUGGAUAACUCCAGGAGAGAUCCGAAAGAGAAAGCAGGAGGAGCAGGAGAAGGGGAGCAGUCAGGACGAUGA